AUGUCGGAUGCGGAGUAUCAAAAUCUAGGCUUCAUAGGAAUCGGUGCCAUGGGGCGGCCAAUGGUGGAAAAUCUAGCAAAGAAACUACCGGCCAACAGCAUCAUCAGCAUUUAUGAUGUGUCUGAGCAGGUAUUGGACGACGUGGUAGCAGGAAAUGGUGGGAAAAUAGUAAAAUGUUUAAGUGCAAGAGCCGUUGCGGAGAGAUCGGACGUUAUUAUUACUAUGGUCCCUGAAGGCUUGCAUGUCAGGCAGGUAUAUCUUGACCGGAAUAUCGGGAUUUGCGCAACGGAUGUGUCCAACAAGCUCCUGAUCGACUGUUCUACAAUUGAUACCGCGACGAGUCUCGCAGUCAAAGAACACAUUUUCACCCAUUUUCCCAGCGCAUCUUUCUACGACGCACCUGUCAGCGGUGGCGUAAUUGGUGCGAAGAAGGGAACAAUCGCAUUCUUCCUCGGUUGCGCAGAAGGCGACCCGAAUCUGCCGCUACUCGCAAACCUGGCUUCCAUGAUGGGGAAACAAAUCAUUCCCUGCGGCGGACCGUCCCUGGGCCUCGCAGCAAAGCUUUCCAACAACUAUCUCUCAGGCUUGAUUGCUAUCGCGUGUUCGGAAGCAAUGAACAUGGGCAUGCGGUCAGGCCUAGAUCCACGCGUCCUGGCCAACGUCUACAGCGCGGGAACUGCGCAAAAUACGAUUUGCGAUCGGUUCAAUCCCGUUCCGGGCGUAUACCCUGACUCCCCAUCAAGCCAUGGAUACAAGGAAGGGUUCAAAGUGCAGCUUAUGAAGAAGGAUUUUGGGCUGGCUGUUGACAUGGCGACGAGAGUGGGUGCACAGCUGGCCUUGGGUGCGGCGGGCUUGCAAACGUAUACUGAUGCAAGCCAGGAUCCCAGGUGUAAAGAUUUGGAUUCUAGGGUUGUUUAUCGCUUCUUGGGAGGCGUUGAGGACUGGAAGGGUAGAGAGUAG